AUGCUGCGAAAAUCCCCCGUCGCGCGGGCCUUCUUCUGGUGUCGGCCCCGACGCCACCUUCUCCUGCGGCUUCCUGGAGGCCUUCCUGGAGGCAACAACGCCUUCUCCUUCUCCAUCUGGUACACCGACGCAGCGAACAAGACCGCCGUCUGGACGGCGAACCCCGACGCGGCCGUGAACGGCAGGGGAUCCAGGAUCUCGUUCCGUCACGACGGGGGCCUGGCCCUCUCCGGCGCCAACGGGACGACGGUGUGGGAGAGCAAGACGAGCGGCGCGGGUCUCUCCGUCUCCCUCCUCGACUCUGGAAACCUCGUCAUCUCGGAUCCGUCGAGCGGCGGCGGCGGCCGCACCCUGUGGCAAAGCUUCGACUGGCCGACGGACACGCUGGUCCCGUCGCAGCCGCUUACCAAGGACACCACGCUGGUGUCCAGGUACUUCUACCUCUACUACGACAACGACAACGUGCUGCGGCUCCUCUACGACGGCCCCGACAUGUCGAGCAUCUACUGGCCGAACCCGGAUUACGGCCCGUGCUCCACGCACGGGCUGUGCGGCCAGAACGCGCUCUGCGAGUACCAGCCGAGACUCAGGUGCUCGUGCCCGCCGGCGUACGAGAUGGUGGAUCGGCAGGACUGGCGGAAAGGCUGCAAGCCGAUGUUCAGCGUCACCAACUGUAGGCAGCCGCCGUCUCCAUCGCCGGAGCAGCAGUUUAAAUUCCUCAAGUUGCCGCACAGCGACUUCUACGGCUACGACCUGCAGUUCAACCAAUCCGUCACGUUCGAGUACUGCAAGAAACUCUGCUUGAAGAUGUGCUUGUGCGUCGGCUUCUCCUACAAGCUUGAAGGCCAAGGCGUCUGCUACCCGAAAAGCAUCCUGUUCAACGGAUUCACGUCUUCAGCCUUCUCUGGGACCAUCUACCUGAAAGUUCCUAUCGAUUUCGACGCCUCGGCGGCUCUCGUCACUGCACGGAGCGCCGCAGGCCUUGCCUGCGAUCCUAACAUCCGAAGAUCAGAGGGAAACGGGACGAAGUGGCCGUACUUGUUUGCUUUCGCCGGAGUGCUGGGAGUUCUUGAUAUUAUCUUCAUUGCAACAAGCUGGUGGUUCCUCUCCAGCGAGCAGAGCAUACCCAGCUCACUGGAGGUCGGGUAUAGGAUGGUCACGGGCCAGUUCAGGAGGUUCACGUACCGAGAGCUCAAGGACGCCACGGGGAACUUCAAGGAGGAGCUCGGCCGGGGCGGCUCCGGCGUGGUGUACCGCGGCGUGCUCGACAAAGGGAAGGUCGUGGCCGUGAAGAAGCUGACGAACGUGGCGUGGGGCGACGAGGAGUUCUGGGCGGAGAUGACGGUGAUCGGGCGGAUCAACCACAUGAACCUGGUCCGGAUCUGGGGGUUCUGCUCCCAGGGCAAGCAUAAGCUGCUGGUGUACGAGUACGUGGAGAACGAGUCCCUGGACAGGCACCUGUUCGGCACGGACAGGACGCUACCGUGGCGCGAGCGGUACAGGAUCGCGCUGGGCACGGCCAGGGGCCUAGCCUACCUUCACCACGAGUGCCUCGAGUGGGUCAUCCACUGCGACGUGAAGCCGGAGAACGUCCUGCUGACGCGCGAGUUCGACGCCAAGAUCGCCGACUUCGGGCUGGCCAAGCUCUCCAAGAGGGACGGCGCCGCCGGCGACAGCAUGCAGCUCUCUCACAUGAGAGGGACGACGGGGUACAUGGCGCCGGGGUGGGCGCUCAACGUUCCCAUCAACGCCAAGGUAGACGUGUACAGCUACGGCAUUGUGCUGCUGGAGAUGGUUAUGGGGUGCAGGGUGUGUGACCAGACCACGGCGGGCGGGGAACGCCUGGAGAUGUCGCAGAUCGCUCAGGCCUUGAGGCAGGUAGUGGCUACCGGCAACGUGGUGCCCUUGGUGGACGGUAGGUUGCAGGGGCAGUUUAAUCCUCGGCAGGCGUUGGAAAUGGUGCGGAUUUCCUUAUCGUGUAUGGAGGACAGGAGCAACCGUCCAACAAUGGACGACGUAGCCAAGGCUCUCACAGCCUGUGACGACGAGGACGAGCAUCCAGCAUACAGGUACAUAUAA